AUGGGGACGAAAUACGAACACCUCCUUCCUGACGUCAAGGUCGAAUACCGCUCCGAAAAGUGUUCGGAGCGGCUGGAUGGGCGCGCGCUGGACCGUCUGGGGCCGGGAAGCUGGGUGGGCGACACGGUCGUCAACUUCUUCGCGUUGCUUCUGCAGCGUGAGCUGUUGUCGCCGGAGCAACAGCGUGCAGUCUACAUCUACAACUCCUGGUUCCUGCCGAAGCUGUCGCUGCGGGAGAUUCGCGAGCAGGCUCCCGAACGUGAUGUGGCCGAACAGCUGGGCCGGAGCCACUCCGGGGAGAAGGGAGCGGUGCCGUUUGGGGGGGGCGAAUGGGCUGCAUAUUUCGAACAGGCGUACGGAGGCGUGAAGAAGUGGACGGGGGGCGUGGACAUCUUCCGCAAGCGGUACUUGUUGAUGCCGUGGUUCAAGGACUCGCACUUCGCGCUGAUCGUGGUGUGCUUUCCGGCGCACUUCGCGGUCCGCCCGGCCCAAGAUCAGGGCGCGGAGCCGACACAGCCGCCUGACGCAGGGGGCAAGGAGCUAACACUCCUCUACAUCGACUCGCUGGCGGGACGGGAUGUGCCACAACACAUUGGGCGCUGGGUCCAGGGAUACCUGCGAUUCGCGUGGGAUGAAUCAGCGAAGACACAAGGCAGCUACGCGUGCGAGUGGACAGAGCAGCAGCGCGGGCAGGGCCCCGCCGCAAAUUCUCCGAUCUUCACGCACGGAUCGCUGUACGACAUGGAGAGACGUCGAUGCCCGGCGCAGCCGAACGGCGUCGACUGCGGCCUCUACAUGCUGGCUAACAUGGCCAUGUUCGGCAUGACCUGCCCGGACGACUUGUCGCCGCCGUACCCGGCGUUCCUCACGGAGCGAUGGUAUCCGAAUGAGCUCGUGGCGGGCCUGCGCGCCCUGCUGUUCCAGGACGUCGCCCUCCGCCUGCACGCAGAGACGGCACGGAUGCGAUCGGAUUCGGAUGCGAUGGAGGCCAAGUGUCUGGAGAUCCGCGAGGCGCUGUGCGAUGGAAUCGAAGAGGCGCUGCGCUGCGCGCUAAAGCAGACGUCGCCCGCAAGGUGGCGGAAGCUGCCGAUGCGAGGUGAUGCGCAGGAUCGCGCGCUGCAGUUCCGGGCAUACUUCGCGGAUGAGAUCGCACGGCUGCAGGGCAGCGGGAGCUGA